GUUUCUAUUUAAAUGCAUUUUGUUUAGAUCUUAGUUUCAUCUCAUUUCCCAUCUGGGUCUCUUUCAAAAUGGUGAAAAUUCUUGUAAAGUUUUAAUCUUUUUUGCUUUGCUUAGCUCAUAAGCUUCUUUUCUUUCUUCUUCGUUUCUGUUUCAAUCACUGUUCUUGGGCUCUGAUCUACGUGAAUUAUGUAAUUGUUAUAGUCUUUGGAUUGGGUUUUGAUUGAUGCAACAAGGACUCGAUGUUCCUCGGUAUCUGGAACUGAGGUCUGCAGAUAAGAAAUGACGGAAUCGGAUCUUGGGAAGCUGUUUAUCGGUGGGAUAUCUUGGGACACGGAUGAGAAGAGCCUUAAGGAAUAUUUUAGCUCCUAUGGAGACGUGGUGGAGGCUGUGAUCAUGAGAGAUCGCAAUACCGGCCGGGCUCGCGGUUUCGGUUUUGUUGUCUUUGCUGAUCUUGCUGUUGCUGAGAGAGUGGUCAAGGAGAAACACAUGAUUGAUGGGAGAACUGUUGAAGCAAAGAAGGCUGUACCCAAGGAUGACCAGAAUAUAAUGAACAGGAACAAUGGCAACAUUCAAGGAUCUCCGGGCCCUGGGCGAACAAAAAAGAUUUUUGUAGGAGGAUUAGCAUCUACCAUCACAGAGAGUGACUUUAAGAAAUACUUUGAUCAGUUUGGUACGAUUACAGAUGUUGUGGUGAUGUAUGACCACAACACACAGCGGCCAAGAGGGUUUGGAUUUAUAACUUAUGAUUCUGAGGAUGCAGUGGAUAGGUCAUUGUAUAAAACGUUUCAUGAGCUCAGUGGUAAGAUGGUUGAAGUGAAGCGUGCAGUUCCAAAAGAGCGUUCUCCAGGGCCUAGACAGAGCCCUAUGAUGGGAUACAACUAUGGUCUUAAUAGGUCCGAGAAUUUCCUCAACAGCUAUGCACAGGGGUAUAAUCUGAGUUCGGUUGGAGGCUAUGGAUUCAGGAUGGAUAGGUUUAAUCCUGUUGCUAGUGGUCGUACGGGAUUUUCUCAAUUUGUUAAUCCUGCUUAUGGAAUGAGUAUGAAUUUGGAUUCAGUAUUGAACCCGAGUUUUGCAGGUGGCUCCAAUUUUAGUAGUACCCUUGGUUAUGGGCGGGUUCUAAGCCCGUACUUUGGUAGCAACUCAAGCAGAUACACUACUCCCAUUGGAUAUGGCAAGAGCAGCAACCGUGGGGACUCGUUUUUAAGCUCUCCAACAAGGAAUGUCUGGGGAAACGGGGGUCUUAAUACUUCUCCGAAUGCUGUUAGCUCUAGUCCAUUUUUGGCCUCGGGCAGUUUUGGAGUUUUUGGAAAUAACGGUGCAAAUUGGGGCUCUUCUGUUUCGGCUCCAGUUGGUCGGAACUCUUCCAAUUAUGCCGGUGUUGGGAAUGUUGGGUUCAGAGUUGGAGAAACCAGUUAUGUAUUGGGAUCUGAGGAUUUCGGGAGAAAUAAUUCAGCAGGUGUAGCCACAUCGUUUACUGUGUCCAGCGGUCCUUAUGAGGGGCCUUAUGGGGAUUUAUAUAGCAGCGCUUCAAUGUCGGGUGAUCCCACUAGACAAGCUGCAUCUCCUGACACAGAUGACUCGGUUUCUUUUGCGUAUGGGCUAGGAAAUUCGGGAGAUGCUAAUGCCAAAGACUCUGAAGGUUAUAUCCGAGGUUAUAAUGUUGCAAAUAGACAAGCAAAUAGAGGAAUUGCAGCUUAGGCGAGCUCGUUAAUUGGAUAUAUGGAGAAUUUAGGUGAGGAGGCUUCAGCAAAGCGGUAGGUGCUCAGAGAAAGCGAUUUCAGAGGAUGGAUUUCUCAAAGGUUCAGAUUUCGACUCUUUUAGAUCUUAGUUAGGCUCCAUUCUCGGCAUCUGAUUGAAGAAAUGUAAAGUCGAUUGCAAGAAGAUAGGUUCAUGAAUUUCCUGUUUUAGUUUGUUUGUUGCCCAUGUUUAAGCAGCCAGUCAAAGUAGAACUGGUACAAGGUUGAGAGAUCUGUCAUAUUUAGUUUCAUUCUUGUCUUGUCCUUUUUUAUGGCAAACUUUUGUUGUUUUUUGCUGUAUAAAAGCAGAACCUUAUCCUGUUUGGUCUGCCA